AAGUGGUCCAGCAUAGUCUAUGGCUGACUGACACCCUCAGCAGCCGUGUUGAUAAGGAGAGAAAUCAGAUUCAAUUCAUUUUAACUAUUUCCUUAUUCUCUCUUCUCUUUCACAAUUCUUCAAUUUCACCCAAAAACUCUCUAACAUUUCUCCUCUCACCGCAAUUCACAUGUACGUCAAACAACCAUUUUCAAUUUCUUCUCAUCUAUAUCUAUUGCCUGUGUCACCGUUGUCUGCUUCAAAACUUUUGAGCUAGCUUGUACUUUCGGAAUUUGCGAGGUUGCUUGUUUAGGACACUUCAAUUCUCUUCGGUUUCAAACAUGAUGUCUGGUGAAGCAAUAACAACUGUCCCUUCCAACCUCAGAGAUUCCUCGGUUCAAGUUCAAGUUCACCACCCAAACUCAAACCCUAAUCUUAACCCUAAUCCAAACUCAUCAUCAGCUAAGAGAAAAAGAAGCCUACCCGGAACACCAGCAGAUCCGAAUGCAGAAGUGAUUGCUCUGUCGCCAAAGUCGCUGAUGGCGACGAACCGGUUCAUAUGCGAAGUGUGCAACAAGGGUUUCCAGAGAGACCAGAACCUGCAGCUGCAUCGGCGAGGGCACAAUCUGCCGUGGAAGCUGCGGCAAAGAUCGAAGGAAGAGGUGGUGAGGAAGAAGGUGUACGUGUGUCCAGAGAAGAGUUGCGUGCACCAUGACCCUUGCAGAGCCUUGGGAGACCUCACUGGGAUAAAGAAACACUUCAGCAGAAAGCACGGUGAGAAGAAGUGGAAGUGCGAAAAGUGCUCCAAGAAAUACGCUGUUCAAUCUGACUGGAAAGCCCAUAACAAGAUUUGUGGGACUAGACAGUACAAAUGUGACUGUGGCACAAUAUUCUCCAGGAAGGACAGCUUUGUAACGCAUAGAGCUUUCUGUGACGCUAUGGUGGAACAAAGUGGGAGACUUCCGGCAAUUUUAUCAAACCUCGGAAACGAUAUUUUGAUGAACGCGCAAGGCCCGAGACUAAUGCCUCAGGGUCUACAAUUACACGGGUUUCAUUCAGAGUUUGGUGGGCCAGGUUCAGAAUCAUACAUGGGGAAUUUUGGUGACGCCGCGGAACAUGUUGAACAUAAGCUAAGAUUACCGAUAUGGCUAGACCAGACAAAUCUUCAACUGAACCAUCCUCUUGGCCUUGUUCCCGGCAAUUCAAGUGUAUUCUCACCUGGAACAACGUUGCCGGAAACAAACAACAUGUUCGGGACAGCGUCGUCACAGGCACAGUGGACAAAUUACCGAUACCCAGAAGCAUCUUUUACAAGUGCCAGUGUUUCUGUGCCUCAUCAUGGACUAAAGCUAGAGCAAGAAGAAAACAAAGGGGAGUUGUCGCAUAGCGUGAGCUCUUUGUACCCAUGUCACAUGGAAUCUACUAGGAUGAGUGGUAAUGGUAAUGGUAAUGAUAAUUUACCCUUCGACAGCUCUAGCUUUGGCUUGUUAGACCCGAACAUGACGUCAAGCAACAAUGUGGUAGAAAUUCAGAAGAUUUUCAAGCAAGGAAACGAGUCUGAAAACUUCAACCUGAUGGUGAAUUCCCAGGCAAGCAGCAACAUGGGAAGUGGGUUUUCCUUGAGUUGCAGGAAGAGUUUGGAGCAUAUGGUGAUGCCGAGGAUCGAAGAGUGGGAAAGUGGAGAAGCAGAAAUAAUGGAGAAGCAAGUAGAUUCAAGUUCAAAGACCGAAACGAAAGAUUUCAUGGGUGUGGGAGAUGGGUCAGUGAUGAAGGUGCAAAGGCAGUUCCGUGGACACUACUGAUUGCAUGAUGAUGAAGAUGAUGAUGACGAUGGAGAGAGCAUAGAAUGAACAGAAGAUAUGUACCUCAAAGUGACGAUAGUAGCGAGCAGCGAGUGAUUGGGUGAGCAUGCACAGUGAACAGGGAGGUAUCACGUGAUGAAAUCGAUAUCACAGAAGCAUCCCGUGAAGGAUGUGGGGGCCAUUACGUUUUGGAACAGACAAUAUAUAUUCUCUCUAUUCUAUGCUACCUAGCUUCUUCUAUUGUAUAUUCUAAGUAACAAUUUUAUUUCCCUCUUUCUCUUUAAGUUUCAUACAUUCUGCAUAUCCUACUUCA